AUGGUAGAGUUCACUGAGAACAAAAUUAUUUCUUCGAUUUGACCAGAUGUGUUUUAACUGAUAUGUUUCUUAAUCAUUGAUAAGCUGAAGGUUAUUUUCUAAAUGACGCUAAAAACCCAUGACAAUCUUUGGUUCAGGGGCAGAGAUGGGAUGACUAUGUAUUUUUCAGUAUCUUGCUAUAAAUAUGUGUUCAACCUUGUAAACGGGGCUCUUGGUUUAAACUUCUAGCACCAGGGGUAUUAUUUGAUGCGACUAAAAUUCCACGACAGUAGGUGCGACGAGGAUGGGAUUCCAAAGCUGAAGACUACAGAGGUUUUGGGAAAGACUGACUGAUCACCCCUGAGACGAGAGGUCUCGGGCUCCGUACCCCAGGCCUAAGGGAAGGAAGAGUCUCAACCAUUUCUGGGGUGAAAGCUGACGGAAUCCCAAAAGAACUGUUGUGGUGGCAUCUGAAUAGAUAGUACGGUACCUCUUCUAGACGAUGAUCUCCGACCCCCUCCAAGAAGACUCCCACAACCACCCGCACAAGAAGCAUUACCAAGAAUACCAACUGCACCCCGCCACCGCCAACACAAGAACUACCACCUGGGCUAAACCCACCAAUCGACCUCGACAGCAUCUUGGAAGAGGAGCAAGUCCAGAUAAAAACAUCAACACAGGAGAGAUAACAUCAUGAGAGUCUUAUCUGAAGCAAAUGUUCCCCAGGGGACUUCAACCUGAAAUUUCAGCCAAUGUGAAGCAAACCUGCAUCGGCUGGGAAUCAGGAAAGCUGGGUGAGGUUGUUACACAUUCUCUACACACUGAACGCCUGCCUGAAGAAGAAAAACGAAAGAAGCAGAGAAAGGCCGAUCAACAACUAUCUUCAGCUUUUGUCAAGAUAGGCGAAUGGGGCCAGCAACGGCGUAAUCAGCACAGUUUCUUUCACAAGGACAACGUGUACAGGAGAACUGGCAACAAAAAGAACGAGAAAAGAAAAGGGGAAGCAGUGGCAAGAAAAUCAGAGAGAGAAGAUUUGCUGGUAUUGCGGACAGAAAGGACACUUGAAAAAACAAUGUUUUCGUUUCCUGAAUGCUCAAGAGCAACCAGAAUCCCAGGCCGACGCGGGAAACGUUGAGGGGUGUAAAGAAAAAGGGGACUGAGAGAAUCAGACGGAAGGGGGUUGACACAUGGGGACCACGGUGACAGGCGAUACUCUUCAAAAUGAAAAUGACAUGUUGCAGUAUUGUAUUUCCGCCGUAAAGAUCGCAGAGCGUGCCACGUGGGUGCACGCUGCCCAUUGCCGAAGGGUUGGUGCUGGAAUCCAAGGUGUGAUCCAAAGGGAGGACGACUAACUGACUGCAUGGUGUGGUCCUACAAGAAUCUACAGAGGAAAUUAAUCAUCAAGGGCGCACGACCCCAACUCUAACUGUGCUCAACAUCUUCCUCACAAUCCAAAAGACCUAUGUAACGAUGACAGUCAUGAAGUUAUGAAUAAAUCAUAAAAAGGGAGGAGUGUAGUAUCAGGAUGGAUCUCCAGCUGGCUGCCCUCCUGGUGUCCCACCUCUCUUGCACAUCUUAAAAAUGCAGAAGAUAAAAUCCUGGAAGGUAUGUGUGUGAGAUCAUGUGUUGUAAAUAAAAUGUAGGCACACGGAAGCUAAAAAUUUAUUAAAAAGACAUGCAUGUGAGUGACAUUUUAAGGAGUGCUGACUUUACAUUUAAUCCUUUACUUGAUAUUUGGUCAAGGACAUAUUUGGUGCAUGCUUUUGGUUUCUUUUUGCCUGAUUCCUAUAAAACAAUUCAAAUGAUUUUAAUUCAAUUUUCAGCCAUUAAAGUCAAGUACACACAAGGACAUGUUUCCAUAUCUAAUGGGAACUACAUCUGGACUCUGGGCUUUAAUGAAACAAAUAACUUGUGCGAGCAUACUGGUCGUCCUAAACAUCUGCAGAUCCCACUAGUGCUACUGCAUGGUUUUGGGGCUGGUGUGGGUCUCUGGGUUAAAAACCUUCCUGUCAUUGCAAAAGAAGGAAGGCCUGUAUAUGCACUUGACCUGUUGGGCUUUGGACGCAGCAGUCGACCAAUCUUUGGCAAUGAUGCCCAAGAAGUAGAGGAGCAGUUUGUCCAAUCCCUGGAGGACUGGAGACAGUCAGUCGGAUUGGAACAUAUGAUUCUUCUUGGCCAUGAUUUUGGGGGUUAUGUGUCUACAGCCUAUGCAAUGAAAUAUCCUAACAGAGUGAAGCACUUGGUGUUGGUGGAACCGUGGGGGUUUAUGGCAAGACCGAAAGCUCAGGAGCGCUGGGUUCCUGUUUGGAUUAAAGCCAUUGGUGCUGUAAUGAACCCAUUAAACCCUCUUACCCUUCUCAGGCUGGCAGGACCACUGGGUCCUUUUUUGAUACAGGCAAUGCGAUCAGAUUUUAAGCAGAAAUAUGCUUCUGUUUUUGAAGAUGAUACAGUUGCUGAUUACAUAUACCACACAAAUGCACAGACGCCCAGUGGAGAGACAGCAUUUAAAAACUUGACAAUCCCAUACGGUUGGCCCCAGCUUCCCAUGAUGGAACGGGCAGGGAUGAUCAGUCCCUCGCUUCCCAUGUCUUUUAUCUACGGAUCACGUUCAAGCAUCGACGGCCAAUCAGGAAAAGCCAUUCAAGAAAUCAGACCCAACUCACACACAGAAAUUAUAGUCAUUCAGGGUGCAGGUCACUACGUAUUUGCGGACCAAUCAGAGGACUUUAAUCAGUCUGUGAUCAAGAUAUGUAACAAUGUCAGAGAUAUAAACAAUGGAAAAGAAGAUGAGAAAAAUGAGAACAACAGAGAUGCUAACCAAAGAGAAUGAGAAAGAGUGAGUGAGUCAUAAGAGAUAUCUGAAGUUACAGAAGAGAAGAGACUACAUUAUCUUUCUACAAGCAUUAAGCAGGAUAUAGUCACACAUAUGUGCACUUAUCCACAUCCUUAAACCAUAAUUUUAGCUUUUAUUGUACUCAAAAUGUUGAAAGGCAAAAAGCACAUUGCCUUCCUUCAUCAAAGUAAAAUCUGAAUGGCUCCAGUGGCUUAAUAUGUCUUCUAAAGUGAAACGACAGGUGAGAAUCAUUUCUUAUUAGCAAAAUUACAGUGUCAACCACUACUGUACAUUAAAAUAUGUUGGCACAUAACUUAUUUAGUCACAAGAGCCAAUGUGAUAAGAAGUAACUGAUGGCACUGAA